AUGGAUUCCGAAGACAAACUUCUAUUAAGCAAGGAUCCUACUCCUUUAGAAAGGGAAGUUGCUAAGUGUUUGUUGUAUAUUCAAUCCUCCGGCACUGCUGACCUCAAGGGUGAUGUCAAGAAAAUCGUCGUUUCAUCAUGUCGCGAAGUUGAGGUCGGUGCUCUUAAAAAGAACGCCGUUGUCGUUUUUGUUCCUUACCGUGUAUAUCAGAAUCACGUCCGCCGUAUUCACGGCAGGCUCCUCAUUGAGCUUGAAAAGAAAACCAAACGCCAUGUUUUUAUUGUCUCUCAGAGAAAAAUAAUGUCAAAGCAAUUCAACAACAAGGCUUUCAGAAAGAGGCCGAGGAAUCGUACUUUGAUGAGUGUCCACGAAGCAGUUUUAGAGGAUAUCGCAGCUCCUACUGAAAUUGUUGGGAAAGUCACUCGUAUGAGAAGCGAUGGUUCUCGUGUUCUCAAGGUAUUCUUGGACCCCAAGGACAGGCAGAAUGACAACAUUGAGGACAAGCUCGAGACCUUCUCCGCCGUUUAUAAAAAACUGACCAACAAGGAGGCAGUUUUUACUUUUAAGAACGUCACAUAA